CCCGCCCGCCGCCGGCCCCGGUCCCCGCGUCUGUGGCCGGAGCCCUGCCGCCGCCCCCGCCGCGGGGAACAUGUCUAACCCCGGAGGCCGGAGGAACGGGCCCGUCAAGCUGCGCCUGACAGUACUCUGUGCAAAAAACUUGGUGAAAAAGGAUUUUUUCCGACUUCCUGAUCCAUUUGCUAAGGUGGUGGUUGAUGGAUCUGGGCAAUGCCAUUCAACAGAUACUGUGAAGAAUACACUCGAUCCAAAGUGGAAUCAGCACUAUGACCUGUAUAUUGGAAAGUCUGAUUCAGUUACAAUCAGUGUAUGGAAUCACAAGAAGAUCCAUAAAAAACAAGGUGCUGGAUUUCUUGGUUGUGUUCGUCUUCUUUCCAAUGCCAUCAACCGUCUCAAAGACACUGGUUAUCAGAGGUUGGAUUUAUGCAAACUUGGGCCAAAUGACAAUGAUGCAGUUAGAGGACAGAUAGUAGUAAGUCUUCAGUCUAGAGACCGAAUAGGAACAGGAGGACAAGUUGUGGACUGCAGUCGUUGUUGUUUGAUAAUGAUUACCAGAUGGAUGGGAAGAAAGGCGAACUGCCUCUGGAAGAAUCAGUAUCUAAACCACAUAACACGAACAACACAGUGGGAGCGCCCAACACGGCCGGCAUCAGAAUAUUCUAGUCCUGGCAGACCUCUUAGCUGCUUUGUUGAUGAGAACACUCCAAUUAGUGGAACAAUGGUGCAACAUGUGACAGACUUCAGAUCCCAGGCUGGCAGAAAGGAGAGUCAGGUCACAACCGACACAGGAAAUUACAUGAGUAGAACACAUUUACAUACUCCUCCAGACCUACCAGAAGGCUAUGAACAGAGGACAACCCAGCAAGGUCAGGUGUAUUUCUUACAUACUCAGACUGGUGUGAGCACAUGGCAUGAUCCACGAGUGCCUAGGGAUCUUAGCAACAUCAAUUGUGAAGAACUUGGUCCACUGCCUCCUGGAUGGGAGAUCCGUAAUACAGCAACAGGCAGAGUUUAUUUUGUUGACCAUAACAACAGAACAACACAGUUUACAGACCCUCGGCUCUCUGCUAACUUGCAUUUAGUUUUAAACCGGCAGAAUCAAUUGAAAGACCAACAGCAACAGCAAGUGGUAUCAUUGUGCCCCGAUGACACAGAAUGUCUGACAGUCCCAAGGUACAAGCGAGACCUGGUUCAGAAACUAAAAAUUUUGCGGCAAGAACUUUCCCAACAACAGCCUCAGGCUGGCCACUGCCGCAUUGAGGUUUCCAGGGAAGAGAUUUUUGAGGAAUCAUAUCGACAGGUCAUGAAAAUGAGACCCAAAGAUUUGUGGAAGCGGUUAAUGAUAAAAUUUCGUGGAGAAGAAGGCCUUGACUAUGGAGGAGUUGCCAGGGAAUGGUUGUAUCUCUUGUCACAUGAAAUGUUGAAUCCGUACUAUGGCCUUUUCCAGUAUUCAAGAGAUGAUAUCUAUACAUUGCAGAUCAAUCCUGAUUCUGCAGUUAAUCCGGAACAUUUAUCAUAUUUCCAUUUUGUUGGACGAAUAAUGGGAAUGGCUGUGUUUCAUGGACACUAUAUUGAUGGUGGUUUCACGUUACCUUUUUAUAAACAGUUGCUUGGGAAGUCAAUUACUUUGGAUGACAUGGAGUUAGUUGAUCCCGAUCUUCAUAACAGUUUAGUGUGGAUACUUGAGAAUGACAUUACAGGGGUCUUAGACCAUACCUUCUGUGUUGAACAUAAUGCAUAUGGUGAAAUUAUUCAGCAUGAACUUAAACCAAAUGGCAAAAGCAUCCCUGUUACUGAGGAAAAUAAAAAGGAAUAUGUCAGGCUAUAUGUGAACUGGAGAUUUUUACGAGGCAUUGAAGCGCAAUUCCUAGCUCUACAGAAAGGAUUUAAUGAAGUAAUUCCACAGCAUCUGCUGAAGACAUUUGAUGAGAAGGAGUUAGAGCUCAUUAUUUGUGGACUUGGAAAGAUAGAUGUUAAUGACUGGAAGGUAAACACCCGGUUAAAACACUGUACACCAGACAGCAAUGUUGUCAAGUGGUUCUGGAAAGCCGUGGAGUUUUUUGAUGAAGAGCGACGAGCACGGUUACUUCAGUUUGUGACAGGAUCAUCUAGAGUGCCUCUGCAGGGCUUCAAAGCUUUACAAGGUGCAGCAGGCCCUCGACUCUUUACAAUACACCAAAUUGAUGCCUGCACUAACAACCUGCCCAAAGCUCACACUUGCUUCAAUCGAAUAGACAUUCCGCCCUAUGAAAGCUAUGAAAAGCUCUAUGAAAAGCUGCUAACAGCCAUUGAAGAAACAUGUGGAUUUGCUGUGGAAUGACAAACUUCAAGGAUUUACCCAGGACUCUAUUUAUACCCCUGACCAACAGCCUCCUUUCAGCAACUUCAAGGAAUGCUGAAAUACAGGAACCCCCCCCCCCCUUUUUUUUUAAAUUUUAGGACACUGUGAGGGGAAAGGACAAUUUUGAAAUUCCUUUUCAAGGAAAAAAAGGUCUUUAUGCUUUGCCAUGAGGCCAUAUUCAGCUGCUAUUUAAAAUUAAUAUCUUGAACCUAAAGAAUGCUGACUUUUCCUAAAUUUCCAGAGUUAGGCAGUAUUCUACAUGUAAAGACUACUACUAUUUUUAUAAAAGGUAACCUGUUCAAAUUGCUUCAUAGAUUUCAAGUCUUUCAAACAUCAAGACAACUUCAGCAGUCGGUACAAGUCAUAUUUUAUUUUGAUUGAAUACAUGAUUUGGAACAGCUUCUGUACUUGUUCUUUGUAAAAAAAAAUAAAAUUAUUUUGGAUUAUUCUAACUUUGUAAAAAAUUGGCUAAAAGAAUCAUUAUCUUAAAAAUAAUAAGCCAUUGCAUAUUUAACUACAUUUUCCUAUAGCAAAGCCUUAUAUUUUGCAUUGUAUGUUUCAGCGUAGCCUAAAUGAAUCGUUUUCCUAAUAUUUUUCAAGCAUGAAUUUCCUGGAAUACAGCUAUAUAACUUUAUCAAAUUCCUAAUGCAACCAUUUAGUCUACACUUAGAAUAGGUUAUUUGCUACAAUAAGAUGCAUUUCCGGGCCCCCUGUUUUUAAGAGACUUAAAAAAAAAAAUCCCAAAUGUUUCUUGAAUCAAUAUGAUCAGAUAUUUUGGAUUUACUUUUCAUCUUAAAUGGAAAUACUACAUUUUUAUAGCUCCUCAGAUCAUGUGGAUGGGAUGGGAUUUUCAUUCUUUUGCUGGGUCAGCUUAUCUUUUAUAUAUACUAUUUCUAUAAACCAAAGUCUUCUGACAAGUGCACCUAACUUAUAUUGUAUUUUAAUUAUAAUGUACAUUUCUCUUGAGUAAGCCACCCUAAAUCUUUAAUUUUAAUUGUAAUGUAUAUUUUUAUUGAGUAAACCAUCCUGAAUACUUGUUUAGCUGCUCGUUACAUUUUAAUUCUCUAAUUUUUUUUAAAGGAAAAAUUUGCUUUAAAUAUUAUUUAGGAAACUUAGAAAAAGGCCUGCUUUUCCCAACAAAAUUAAGUGGGGGUGGUAGGGGUGAGGAAUGCGAUUACUAAAGAAACAAUGAUUCUAAUGCUACGGUAUAAAUUACGUUAAAACUGAAGAGUUAAUUUUGGAAGUAUGGGAAUCCUAGUUCCCUUGGUAUGAAAGAUAAUCUGAUUUUGAAAUGUCCUGAUUUAGCUUUCAAGGUGUGUGGCAUGUUGCAUGAUAUGGAAGGUAGCCAAAACUCUGGGGUGAGGGAUUGGAAAAGUCCAAAAUCAUGGGUGGAUUUUUAAGCUCAACCUUCAGAAACCUGCACUGUUCUUUUUUUGUUUUUACAUUGACAUGAAAUCAAGAAUAGCAAAAGCUGACAAUUGUUUACAUUUUGCUGUUUAUAAUGGUCAAGUGAAUAGGCUCUUUGUGUUGUUUCGUGUAAUGGAGUGGUUUCCAGACUGUGUUCUUUGGAGCCAAACGGUUCUUCAGAGGUGUAUCAGGAGUAAAGGAAGGGAGAGAUAAAGAGUUGGUAUUUGAGCAGGGGCCUCUAAGCCCUCUCCACCCCCCUUUAUCCAGAACAGCUUCAGUUUUUCUCUUUUCUAUUGGGAUUCCAAGUAUACUUUUUCAUGGGGGUGGGGGAAGAUAAAAGAGGUGGAAAUUUUGCUGCUUAAAAAAAGUUGAGAACUACCUGUGUAGUUUGUAAGUAUUUAAAUGUGUUUAACUCUGCCAAAUUUGACCUCUACAAGUAAGCUAGUCAUAGUCAUAUUGUGCAGUAGUAAUGUGUUUAUGCCAACCAUUUUCUUCCCAAACUUAGCAUUUUCCUACUGCUUCCAUAGUACUAAAAAAAAUCUUGAAAUGUACAGAAGUGAUUUCUAUACUAUUUGAUCAUCAGUAGUUUUGUUUGCACAGUUUGUGCUUUAUUGGUUGCAGGUCAUCUAUUUUAUAUUGAAGCAUGAGUGCAGGCUGUAGUUGUGCCUACUCUUAAAAUCUUUCAGCAAAAAGUACAUGAUGAACAUUCUAUAGAAACCAUAACUGAUGUAGUAAUGGUGAAAUGCUACUGUAAGUUGUUUUAAUGUACAGUAUAAAGCAGGCAAACACCAUCACUUUUUGAGUGCCUUUUUAACAUUAUUAUGAUGAUUUCUUUAAUAGAGCUUUAAAUAAACCCUGAUGCCAGUCUGGUAUCACCACAAUUUAUUAAAAAACACAAUGAUUUAGAUUUCAAUUUCAAAAUUACAUUACCUGAUUACUUCCAAACAGGUGCUAAGCAACAAAAACUCCAUGUGUUAUUGAACCUUGACCUUGCACCUCAUGUUCUAAUGUGAAUAUUUAUUUCCACAUAUCCCUUUUAACUGGGUUUUUUCUUAUCGAUCCUCUAGUUGCAUGAUUUCAGGUAGGUGAACUCACAUUUCUGUACUAUUGCCUUUCAUCAUGAAUUCUUAAUUACAAACAGUGAUUAUCUGUAGAGCUCAUAUGCAGUACAGAGGUGAGUUUUGUUUCCGAAAGUCGUUUCUUGGUGUAGAGUUUUUAAAUAGUGCUGUGUACAGUGUACAUUUUGUUUUACACAUAGUUUGUUGCCCUGAAUUGGUUUUAUUUUUACUAGGUCCUUUCUUUUCUUGUAUUUACAGUCCAGAGCACAAGUUUCCAUUCUUCUUUUAAAAACAAUGUAAUUUGUUUUAUUCACAACACUAAAUCUGCUUUGAACUUCUUGGGCAUUGAACUGAUGGCAGUGAUGGAAGUUAAGAGAUUGUUCCAGCCAUGUUCACAGCUUGGUAGAGCAGCUCCUCACUUCUGUUUUUAAGCUGCACCAUGCAGUCAACGGGUGCCAUUCGUGGUAUUUAACAUUCUUAUGUUAGGACGGUGAUUGUACCAAAUGCUGAGUUGUUUUGUUUCUACAUGUAAUUAGUUCACUUAAUGUAAUAUUCUUCCUUUUCUCAAACUGACUUUAAAAGCAAAAUUUUAUCAUUUUCAUUUAUUUGUAUUUAUUAAAGAGUGUUUUAGCUUUGGUAUUCUUUGUAUGUUCACUCAGUUGUUAUAUGAGCUUUAUCAAUAACAUCUGUAUAAACGGUUUUUAAAAAUAACUGUAUUUGUCCUUGCUGAAGUUGAGCAAUAAAAUGAAUGCUGUUUGCACUGUCACAGCAUCAGUUUUUAAAGAA